CCUGCCCCCGGUCUUAUGACUCGAGCUGAAGCGGCGACUCUUGGCUUUUGCGGGUGCCGCGGUCGGUGGUCACCAGUGUUUUCGCUCUCUCCGGGGCUCCGAGGGUGUUCGUUAGAAUUGCCGGUCGAGUCGCCCCCUGUCCUGAGGGACCAUGAUGCACUUCCGCCUCUCUCCGUUUUCGGGCUCCGGGCUCGUCCUGGUCUGCCUGCUGCUGGGAGCUGUUCAGACCUAUGCAUUCAACCUGACUUUGACGGAUUCAGAAGGUAUUGUUUGCCUUUACGCAUCAUGGAACAUGAGUUUCCUAAUAAUGUAUGAAACGGCAAACGGGAAUUUUAGUUCUGUAUUUGUUACAGAAAAUUCCAAUGUGACAUAUAAUGGGAGCCGUUGUGGGGAUGACAGCAAUGAGGCCAAAAUAAAUGUACACAUUGAACCUUCUGUCUCUUGGAGUGUGAGCUUUAGCAAAGCAGAGUCUUCUUAUUCUAUUGGCAACAUCUUGCUUUCCUACAACACUAAUGAUACUACAAGAUUUCCUGGUGCUGCACCUAAAGGAAUUGUUCGUGUUGAUCAUUCUGAGAGCCUUAAACUUCCAUUCGAUGUCAUCUUUAAGUGCCGUAGUUUAUUCAAUUUCAGCACGGCUUCUGUUACCCAGAACUAUUGGGAUAUUGACCUACAAGUUUUUAUCCAAAAUGGUACAGUGAGUAAAAAAGAAUACGAGUGUGAGGAAGACAGCGAUAUCACCACUAAAGAACCCAGAACUCACAACACCAUGCCACCUCAUACUACGGCACUCACUCCAACUUCCACACCCCCUCCAACUCCAGUGGUUGGAAACUAUUCCAUUACUAAUGGCAAUACUACCUGUCUGCUGGCUACCAUGGGACUGCAGCUGAACAUCACUGAGGAGAAGGUACCUUUCAUUUUUAACAUCAACCCCAGCAUGACCAACUUUACCGGCAGCUGUCAUCCUGAAAAGGCUCAACUUAGGCUGAACAACAGCCAAAUUAAGUAUCUUGACUUUGUCUUUGCUGUGAAAAAUGAAAACCGAUUCUAUCUGAAGGAAGUGAAUGUCAGCAUGUACUUGGCUAAUGGCUCAGCUUUCAGUGUUGCAAAUAAUAACCUUAGCUUCUGGGAUGCACCUCUGGGAAGUUCUUAUCUGUGCAACAAAGAACAGGUGGUUUUCGUGUCUGAAAAGUUUCAGAUAAACACCUUUAACCUAAAGGUUCAACCUUUUAAUGUCACAGAAGGAAAGUAUUCUACAGCUCAAGACUGCAGUGCAGAUGAAGACAACUUCCUUGUGCCCAUAGCAGUGGGAGCAGCCCUGGCAGGAGUGCUUAUUCUAGUGUUGCUGGCUUAUUUUAUUGGUCUCAAGCGCCAUCAUACUGGAUAUGAGCAGUUUUAGAACCUGCAAUCUCAUUGCUUAUAUUACAAAAUACAUUAAAAUAACAAGGUUUUCUUGUUUGUCAGCUGUAUGAAGCACUUUGCUGCUUAAAACAGACACCUCAGAACUUUCACUCCUAAGUCAGUUCCAGCAUUUUGAGAUCAGUCUUUUUUUCAUAAAAAACUGUUCUCUGAUCAGCUUAAAAUGCAGACUGGCUUUUAAAAAAGAAAAAACAUGUAUGUGCAAUAUUUUAAGGUCUGUCUUAAGAAGCUUUGGCCAAAUUGGGAUCCUAAUCCAAGAUGCCUUAAACCUAUUAACAUGACCAUUAUUUAAAGUAUGGAGUUGUAUCUUACUGAAAUUAAUAAACACUGCUUCCCCACUGGUGUUCUGUUUUGAUGUGUAACAGC